AGGGGGCGUUUGUUGACAGGCCGUAUCUGACAUGAAGACAAGACCUGCGGGGAUCGGUAGUGUCAAUGCUGACUGGAUGGGUUCGCUUCCCUCCAAGCUUAGUGCCAUGCCCCUGAAACACCUUGCCGUGCCAGGGUCCCAUGAUUCUUUCACCUUCUGGGUGGAUGUGCAUGCUCCUGUGGGCCCCGAUCAGAAGGCUUAUGUCAAAUACCUGGCCACCGUUUUCAGCAUCUUAGCCAAGAAAGUCAUGGUGAAAUGGUCCAUGACACAGAACUUGACUUUUAAGGAGCAGCUGGAUGCAGGAAUUCGCUACUUUGAUCUCAGGGUCUCAUCCAAACCAGGUGAGCCAGGAUAUGAGAUUUACUUCAUCCAUGGCCUCUUUGGACACAAGGUGAGGGAUGGUCUGUUAGAAAUCAACUCCUUCCUAGGCAGACACAGGAAGGAGGUAGUGUUUCUGGACUUCAAUCAUUACUAUGCAAUGGACGCAGAGCAUCAUGUGUACCUCAUCAACAUGCUCCAGGAAGUGUUUGGCAGCAAGCUUUGUAACAACAGUGUAGUGGAGAGCAUUACUCUGGACUAUCUGUGGGAGAAGAAAUAUCAGGUAAUGGUGUUCUACCAUCAUCCCUCAGCUCAGGGCAUCCCUGUCAUGUGGCCUGGCACCAAGAUCCCUGCUCCCUGGGCAAACACCACUGAACCCAGCAAGCUCAUACAGUUCCUGGAAACUACACUGAAGGAAAGAGCCAAACAGGGUUCCUUCCACGUGACUCAGGCUAUCCUCACGCCCAGGGUCAACACCGUGGCCAAGGGCCUGGUCUGGGGGCUUCGAAACUACCUGGUGGAGAGAAAUCUGCCUACCAUCAUGUCCUGGGUUGAGGCUCAGAGGCCGGGGGUUGACGGGGUCAACAUCAUCACCUCUGACUUUGUGGAGCUCACUGACUUUGGUAACAUUGUCAUCAAACUCAAUAAUCUGCUGUUGUAUGAACAGCACUGCCAACCAAGAUGACAUGUUUGCACAACAGAACUGAUGUGUGCUGACCCACAGUGUGUUAGAGGUUGGAUCUUGGAUGGCUGGAGUCAUGGGAAUUAGUUUCUAAAAUUAUCCUGUGAAGUUAGUUUUAAUAAUAAUGUAUUAUAUUACGUCAGUGACUCAAAUAAGAAUUUUUAUCAUCAGCUAGCAAAUAGCAAAUUAAACUUCAGCAUUAAGAUACACAGGUGUCCUGUAUGACCCAGAGACCUCUAAAACUUUUUAAUGACAUUAAGCCUUUAAACCUUCCAGGAGCUCAUUAACAAUUUUUUUGUGUUUUGAACGUCAUAGUUUUGGUUGCAGCCUACUUUCUCUUCCACAAUAUCAUGCACAAAGUCCAAAAGAGGGCGAGAACCCAGAGCUUAGGUCAGAGAAGACCAGGUAUGCCCAUCUUUAUAAGGCCAAGCAAAUCCUGUCAUACCACAGCUCUGGAUUCAUUUGUGGAUUUCUUUUCAAUUUUGGGGGGAACAUUGGGAACAUCCCAUUGCCUCUAUGACAUGGCACUGUCACACAGGUCACAGGUUAAAUUCUCAGCUAACUGUAACCUGAACAAUGAUCAUACGACUCAGGGAUUUAACUUUAACUUUUCAGUAUCUCAGAUGCUUAAGAGGGGGUUUUAGUCAUCACAUUUUUUUCAAAGUAUUGAUAUCAAUAUUAAAACAGUUGUUUUUGCAUCCCAUUGCUGAUCACAUUAAUUAAUUUUUCAAUUGUGGAAAGCCAGGUUCACAUAUUAAAACGCUAUAUGUAGGUAUAUUAGGUGUCAAUGUCAUAGGAAUUUGUGUAUACAUUAGGUAUUUGGAUGGUGGGACUGUGACAAAUAUUCAGUUUACAAACUCCUAAUUAUAUCCACAAUUAACAUGUUUGAAGAGUUUAUGAAGGAAAACACCUGACAUGAUGGUAAUUUAAUUUUUCGGCAUUGUAUUUCAAACACACUAAAUGUAAACACUUUGCCAAAGAGCUAAAUUUGGGUUUUUAACUGUGCACAUGGUGUUUUUCCAAUACUUAAGUGAGCAUGAAACAAAAGUGGAGGUUGCAGUUUUCCUUGGUAUUUUUGUUUCUAUGUUAAGCAAAGUCACGCAUUGUGAAAGAGGAGCCCACUGUGCCAACACUGUCUUAACACUUAACGUUUGACUAUAUAGUUUAACUGGCAAAACAAACACUGGCACCUUUUAUACAUUUAACAGAGUUGCAUAAAUUACAGAAUUAAAGAGGGAAAGCCAAAUAUAUGUGGAACUUAUACCACAAUUCUCAUAGAACAUGUGCAUCCAUACAUACAAUGUACACAGCUAUAAAUGUUAAUAUUUAUAGUACUUUUGCUCAGUAUUUUUUGACUUCCAUUGUUUAACAAGACAUGCAGAAAUAGAAAUAGUCUCUAGUUAAUGAUAUGUGGGGGAAAUGCAUAGAAGAGCCACAGUAUAUGGUCAUGUCCAGCAAAUGUCAAGUCUGCAGCAGGCUCCAUAAAACAGACCAUGUAUACAUCAUGUAGAAAGAGCAAUGAAAAAAACUGCCAAUGUAUUAUAGUCUGGAAUGUUAUGUGUGUGUAUAUUGAUGUGUAUCUGUGUCAGUGUACAUUACUGUGUUUGUGUGUGUUCUUGUGGGCCCAGUGAUUACUAUGCAUGACUAUGCGUGACAGUCAACCUGCACUCCUUUGGUCAGAGUAGGGAAAGAGUGGAGGAGAGAGAAAGCAGUAGAAGGGGAAAGUAACUUACAAAGUAGAGGCAUAAUUGAGCAGAGAGAAGAGAAAGAGUGAAAGAAAUGAAACAAAGAAAAAUGACAGAUCUUGGUUCUCUAGUCUAUAAGAGACGACUAGAAAGUGAAAAGGGAAGAAUUCCAUUAAGAAUGAUCUUAAGUUCAGGCAGACUCAUAGAGAGUGGAGCAAUAUCUGAACAGCUGCCUUUUCCUUAAGGAGCACUAUCAUCUAACACCGAAAUAAGAUGUUUUUUUCUUCAGUUCAACUCUGCCCUUCUUUAUUUCACUCCCUGACUCACUUGAAUGAAAUUGCUGGUUCUGUCCAGGUCACAUUGUUGACACAGUUGUGUGUGAUCACCAAGCACUGCAAAGCAAGCACACACACAAACACACACAGACACUUUAAUUAUGCAGUAAUUACACAUACCUUAGCAGGCAAGUGAGAGAGCUGAGAUAAGCAGCGCUGACUCAUGAAGAUCAUUCCCCUCUCUCUCUCUCGCUCUCUCUCCCUCUCCCUCCCUCUUUCCCUCCCUCUUUCUCCAUGCUUCCCAAGUUUCAAAGGAGGGGAGGACAACUCAA